GAGGCACCUGGGGCCACACCCCGACAGAGGCAAAAGGCCCCAGCUGGCUCUCGGCGGACAGACUAGGCUGGACCUCCGCUCAGCGGCAGCCACCCCUCCCCCUGCCGAGCCAGCACCAUGAGCGGCCGAGUUGGAGACCUGAGCCCCAAACAGGCAGAGACCCUGGCCAAGUUCCGAGAAAAUGUCCAGGACGUGUUGCCUGCGCUGCCCAACCCUGAUGAUUAUUUCCUCCUCCGCUGGCUCAGAGCUCGGAGUUUCGACCUGCAGAAAUCGGAGGCCAUGCUCCGCAAGUACAUGGAGUUCCGGAAGACCAUGGACAUUGACCACAUCCGUGACUGGCAGCCCCCAGAGGUAAUCCAGAAGUACAUGCCUGGGGGCCUGUGCGGCUACGACCGUGAUGGAUGCCCUGUGUGGUACGACAUCAUCGGGCCACUUGACCCCAAAGGGUUGCUCUUCUCAGUCACCAAGCAGGACCUGCUGAAGACCAAGAUGCGGGACUGCGAGCGCAUCCUGCACGAGUGUGAUCUGCAGACAGAGCGGUUAGGGAAGAAGAUCGAAACCAUCGUGAUGAUAUUUGACUGUGAGGGCCUGGGGCUGAAGCACUUCUGGAAACCUCUGGUGGAAGUGUACCAGGAGUUCUUUGGCCUCCUGGAAGAAAAUUACCCAGAGACCCUGAAGUUCAUGCUCAUCGUGAAAGCCACCAAACUGUUCCCUGUGGGCUACAACCUCAUGAAGCCCUUCCUGAGUGAAGACACCCGCAGGAAAAUUAUAGUGUUGGGAAACAGCUGGAAGGAAGGUUUGCUGAAACUUAUCAGUCCUGAAGAACUGCCUGCCCACUUUGGGGGGAGCCUGACUGAUCCAGAUGGAAACCCCAAAUGUCUAACGAAGAUCAACUACGGUGGAGAGAUCCCCAAGGCCAUGUACAUGCGGGACCAGGUGAAAACCCAGUACGAGCACUCAGUGCAGAUCAGCCGCAGCUCCUCACACCAGGUGGAAUAUGAGAUCCUGUUUCCAGGCUGUGUCCUCAGGUGGCAGUUUGCGUCGGAUGGCGGGGACAUCGGUUUUGGGAUUUUCCUGAAGACCAAGAUGGGGGAGCGGCAGAAGGCCGGGGAGAUGACGGAGGUGCUGCUCAGCCAGCGCUACAAUGCCCACAUGGUGCCGGAGGACGGGAGCCUCACCUGCUCAGAGGCCGGCGUCUAUGUCCUGCGCUUUGAUAACACCUAUAGCUUUGUCCAUGCCAAGAAGGUCAGCUUCACUGUGGAGGUGCUGCUCCCGGACGAGGGCAUGCAGAAAUACGACGAGGAGCUCACUCCUAUCUAGGCGGCCUCUCUGCUGCUUAAAGAUCCCAGGCUGUUUCCUCUUUAAUUGCCCUGCCUUCCACCCCUCACACUGAUCGUUAGUCCUAACUCUGGGACAUUAGUAAGUAGAGAGAAAGAUUUCCUGGGGAGGCUUCAUCUGUGGUGACCAAGUCAGGAAAGAUAUAAAAAUGCACAGCGCUUUUUUUAAUGCACAUGACUGAAGAGGGAGAAGCAAGAGGCAGAUGUCACUGAAACUCAAGAAUAGGUCAAUAAAAUUGCCCAGCCUUCAUCCCUGCCUGUCCUAAGGCGUUUGUGUGUGUGCCUCGGUUCCUUCCCUGUGGGAUGGGAGAAACUUGUGUCGAGACUUCUCUAAGUCCUUUCUACCUGCACUCACUAUCGGGUGGAUAGUCCGAGUGUACUAAGAGUGGGGUGGAGGACCUGAACUGUAGGAUAAGGGAUUCAAGCGUGGGGACCACGAGGAGGGAGUUUCAGCACCUCGGACAGGAGCCCAGUGUGGCGGGAGUGGCCGUCUGGAACCCCGGGCGGUCCAGCUCCCAGAUUUCCUUCAGCGGCUUCCUCUUGGGAGGCCACUCACAGAAGCUCUGGUGCCUCUCACAGGAAACACUCUCAUCGGAUGUCUGACUUGGGACACGUGUUUUCUUCCGUCCAUCCUUGCCGCCCUCACUUCCUCCCUGUGGAGUUCACCGCUUAUAUAUUAAGCAAUUAGAGGGGCUUUCUUCAAAGUAGAGGAAGUCGCAUCUGACUCUACUGCUGCCUGGCAUAAUAAAAAAUAAUCA